UACUUUUCAGUUCAGUGGCUCGCGAAGCGUCAAAGUACCUUACUCGAAACAAAAUGGAUAACGGGAUACAAGGAUUUUUUAGAAAUAAAACCGUUUUCCUUACAGGCGCGACAGGAUUUUUGGGAAAAGUUAUUACUGAGAAACUAUUGCGUACUACGGAGGUUAAUCGGAUUUACUCGCUGAUCAGACCCAAACGUGGAGUACCUAUUCAAGAACGCAUCUUAACCUGGGAAAAGGAUCCGGUGUUUGAGGUGCUUCUGAAGACAAAACCAGAUGCCUUACAGCGAGUUUGCCCCAUUGCUGGCGAUUGUCUGGAGCCAGAUCUGGGAAUAAGUGAAUCGGAUCGAAGGAUAUUAGCCGCUGAGGUUGAGGUGGUAAUCCAUGGAGCUGCUACUGUGCGAUUCGACGAAGCCUUGCACUUAGCCCUAGCCAUUAACGCUCGGGCCACUCGGCUUAUGCUUAAUCUGGCCAAGCAAAUGACCAACCUGGUGUCCUACGUCCACGUAUCCACGGCCUAUUCCAACUGUGUGGUAUCUGACGUCGCAGAGCGAUUCUAUCCCGAAAACCUAAACUGCAGUUCGGAUAAAGUUCUGGCUCUGGGUGAUCUGAUAAGCAAUGAACUGCUGGACAAAAUGUCCCCUAGCCUGAUGGGAUCCUUUCCCAACACCUAUACGUACACGAAGGCCCUGGCAGAGGACGUAAUCUUGCGGGAGGCGGGCAACCUGCCCGUGAGCAUCUUUCGACCAGCGAUCAUAAUGUCCACCUACAAGGAGCCUCUGAAUGGGUGGGUGGACAAUCUAUUUGGACCAUUGGCCCUCUGCUUUGGCGCAGCUCGUGGCGUAAUGCGGGUCACCACAGUGGACCCCAAUGCCAAGAUGAGCAUAGUCCCAGCCGAUUUUUGCGUCAACUUGACUUUGGCCUGUGCCUGGAAGACAGCGGAGAAUUCCGUCGCAAAUGGGAAACUCAAAACGCCACCGAUUUACACGUUUGCGCCCAGUGAGAAUAAUCAGCUGAGCUAUGGCAGCUUUAUCAGUUCAUCGAUUUAUUAUCGCGACGUCAUACCACUGACCCAGAUGAUAUGGUAUCCAUUUGUCCUGUGCAUCUCAAAAUCACUCUUUCCGUUCGCUGCCUUUUUCUUACACACCCUUCCGGGUUAUUUUGUUGAUCUAUUGCUACGUCUCAAGGGCAGGAAACCGAUUCUAGUGGAUCUGUAUCGAAAGAUUCACAAGAACAUUACUGUCCUGGCUCCAUUCACCACAAAUACUUGGAACUUUGACAUGACCAACACAAACGAACUAAGGGAAGCGUUAUCUGAAAAGGACCGAAACCUGUACGAUUUCGAUAUGGCCCGUCUGAAUUGGGACGAUUACUUCAAGAUAGCCAUGUAUGGAAUGCGACAUUACAUUGCUAAAGAGAAGCCAACUCCAGAAUCAGUUGCCAAGGGUAUGAAGCUAAGGAUUCGCCUUAAGAUCCUUCACUAUGUCUUCACCUCCUCGCUAUUCUCCGCAGCUGGAUUUGCCCUGUGGUCGCUGGCAAAGCAUUUAGUUUAAUAUUGUGGUUUUGUAUGGCUUUUAACUGUCUAAAAAUCUAAGCUGCCUUACCCUCUGUUAUUUGUAAUUAAAAAUUAAAAAAAAAAAAAUAAAAUCGAUAUAUAAACCUAA